CGGUGUGCUUUCCCAGUGUUCCCAGGUUCACACACGGGCGCGCUAGUGUUGGUCCAAGCACCGAGCUCUCUGGGUCUGGAAGAAGAUAGAGCUGACCUGCUGAAAUGAGUUUCCUCGGUGGUCUAUUUGGUCCUGUGUGUGAGAUUGAUGUCGUACUCAAUGAUGCUGAAAGCAGGAAAACAGCAGAGCUGAAGACAGAAGAUGGGAAAGUGGAGAAACAUUAUUUAUUUUAUGAUGGAGAGUCAGUUUCCGGAAAGGUAAACCUCAACGUAAAACAAACUGGUAAACGACUUGAACAUCAGGGGAUUCGGAUAGAGUUUGUCGGACAGAUUGAACUGUUCAGUGAUAAAAGCAACACACACGAGUUUGUGAACCUGGUGAAGGAGCUUGCUCUUCCAGGAGAGCUGACCCAGAAUCGCAGCUAUGACUUUGAGUUCAUGCAAGUGGAGAAGCCAUACGAGUCCUACGUUGGAGCUAAUGUGCGACUGAGGUAUUUCCUCAAAGUAACCAUAGUGAGGAGGCUUUCUGAUUUGGUCAAGGAGUAUGACCUCAUUGUCCAUCAGCUUGCUACCUACCCAGAUGUCAACAAUUCCAUCAAGAUGGAAGUGGGCAUUGAGGACUGCCUACACAUAGAGUUUGAGUACAACAAGUCCAAAUACCACCUAAAAGAUGUAAUUGUGGGUAAAAUCUACUUUCUACUGGUUCGGAUUAAAAUCCAACACAUGGAGCUUCAGCUAAUCAAGAAAGAAAUGACCGGCAUUGGGCCGAGCACAACUACAGAGACAGAAACUGUGGCUAAAUAUGAGAUUAUGGAUGGAGCACCAGUGAAGGGUGAGUCCAUUCCCAUACGCCUCUUCCUGGCUGGCUAUGACCUCACAGCUACAAUGAGAGAUGUAAACAAGAAGUUCUCUGUGAGGUACUUCCUAAAUCUGGUGCUGGUGGAUGAAGAGGACAGGAGAUACUUCAAACAGCAGGAGAUUGUUUUGUGGCGAAAAGCCCCUGAGAAGCUCAGAAAACGCAACUUCCACCAGCGUUACGAGUCCCCGGAGUCACGACCGAGCCUCUCUGCUGAACAGCCUGAAAUGUGAGCAAGCAGCCAGCCAUGGACACAUUUCCACAGUGGCCAAUCACAGGAGAGGAGAGCAAAUCCCACCAAACAUCUCCACCUCCGCUCCUCGCAGCUUGCGGUGAUUGGCUGUGUCUGUGCCUGCCUUCGCUGUGUCCACGCCGCCGUCCACAGCAACCAGUUUGUUAGCAUCUAAGGACUUCUUCCACACUAUAGAAAGCACUGGAACAGAAGCUACUAUGUAAAUCCUGUAGUACAGUUUGGGGUUUGCACCCUUCACUAGAAGAUUUUUAAAGCACUUGCUAGUUUUUGAAGCUGCAGAUAGAUCAAUGCCAUCCAGGAUAUAAAAGUAUAUAAAUAUAUAUUUUACUUGACUUCACUUUAGAGAGGACAUCACUGCAUGCUGGCUGGUUGAAAUGAAUCUGGUUAUUAGAGGUGAAUGUUGGCUGUGGGGUCAUUGUUCAACAGUCAGAAAAUGAAAUGUGUUCUGCGUGUACCCAGGCCACAGUGCCAUACCAAUUUUUGCAAUCACGUUAAUAUG